CUUAGCUCCUCAUUCUUUCCAGAACUGACUCCGACGGCAUCUUCUACUUCGUUUAUAACUACAAUCGAACCUCAGAAGCAGAAUGAAGGUCAGAUAGAGGGUGAGGCAGUUUGGGUUAUAGUUGGCCAUAUCGUGGUCAUUUCCGUUUUUGUGUUGAUAGAACACGCACAAAAAGUAUUUGGAUUUGACGCCCUUUUUCGAGAGUACUACUGGAUUUUCUGCAACGCACGACGCAUGGAUGAGAAGGGACACAAAAUGCGGAUAAUUGGACAAAAAUAACGCCCUGAAAUUCGGUUGGGGGCGUACGAAGAGGUAUCCAGCGCCCAAACACAGAUCAAGUACCCAUCCUCCCGUUCCCGCCGCAACUAAUCAGAAAGACAACGCCGUCCAAUUCCUCUGCCAUCAGAUGGAUGUCUUUGACGCGGAUGAUAUCAAUGGUAGGGACGGGGGUGGUGGGUCUUGUGCCGCCUAAUUACAGGUCUCAGCAUGGAGGAUACAUAGUAUGAAUUGUGUAUCUAUUCGCAGAGUCGGUCUGCCGAUACAUACAGACCCAUCUCUUCGUGUUUCCUCAAGUUCUGUUGAUAAAAUUGAUUAUCAGGAUAUAGUUGUCGGUAGUGUGAUAAAAGGUCAUGUGCAUGGGAACACUAAGCAUCUCCCACCGACGAAAAAGGAUGGUCUCAUGCGCUCAGCGAAAGCUACCGUUACGCCGGGAGGAUUAAUUAGGAACCGGUGGUCAAAACGACAAGAGAAGAUGAACUGUCGUUGCCACGUUCCAAAUAUAAGGACGGCAGCCGCUCGUAGUAGCCUCGUACAGUUAUACGGAUGUCGAAGAUGAGAGCGACCUUUUUACUAACUCCGUCGUACGACUCUGAAAAGCUGAACAGGCAUCAAUCAACGACCAGGGCAACGGACAAGGUGUGUGCACUGCAUCGAAAAACAGCUACUAACAUAUCUCCUUGACAGAUAGACAACCUUCGCUUAUCUCUUCAGCUUCCUCGUUCAUGAUGUGGCGGAACGGAAUACUACAUAUCUUAAUAUCUGGCAUAUGGCGGACCACUUCAGCGCUCCGUCUUGAGCCAGCUCUUCCUUUCACCGUCAUUGUAAAUCAGCCCCAGAUAUUCACUUGGAUUCGCACCGACGACGACGACGACGUUCCAGUUGACCUCCAAGCAAUUCCGAUCAAUGGCAGCCCGACUCAAUCUCUUGAAGACAACAACGACGACUUUACUGAUCCCAGGACGGCUGGCGAAACAAAUGACUUGAAUGACGAAGACGGAAAACCAAGGAACGGGUCUGUUACAGUGAAUUUUCCCAGCGCAAUGUCGUUUUCGAUUGUAGCAGUGAAAGGGCCUUUCGGACCGAAACCGUUCCAUACAUUUAAUGGAACGGUGGUAGCGACUGCUAGCCCCGGAACAACCACCAACGCCUCCACCACAACGCAAGUACAAUCCGCCUCAUCUGGGUCCUCAAAUACCGCCCUUUCAACUCUUGGUAGCAGCAGUUCAGUGUCAAGCACGGUAAAUGGCUCAGUGCAGACUGGUACUCCGACAUCUACUGCUGACGCGAACUCGAAUACCAAUCCGACACUGGUGCCCGCACCAACUUUUGCUCCUCCCAUGAACUCCUCAGCGGUUAGCGCUACACCGAAUACCGGUGCUAUUGCGGGAGGCGUAGUGGGUGGCGUGCUUGUCAUGCUGGCGGUCGCCGCCGCUGUCUUUUACAUUUUGAAGCGAAGGAAGAUAAAGCUGAAACAUAAUCUCGAUCCAACCCCCUACUUGGAUACGAUACCAGUUUCGGGUUCUGACGCACCUUACACGGAUAUCAGGGAACGAAAGAUGCAGAUGGUCAGACAAAGGGAAAGCCUUGAACGUGAGUUAGAGGUGUAUGAGCAAGCAUCCCAAGAGUCGAACUCAAGAGCUGGGGACAUUCUCGACGGCCCUAUCAAUGGAGGAUAUCAGGAAGGAGGUAUUGUGCAAGUAUUACGUCGUAUGGAAGUUUUAACACAGAGAAUAGCGACUUUGGAAGCGGGAAUGGCACCGCCUGAUUACAGCUCUCGUACGAGCUAAACACCGUGCCUCUCAUAUAAAAGAAUACGGACUUGUAGCGUUUAUGAUAUGAUAAAUUCCAUCAGCGAAGCCAGUUAAGUAGAUC